ACAUGCGCCGUUUAAAUUUACAGAAGACAGAAAACAUGGCUGCGGACAUGAGAUUACCAACUUUUCGGAAACAAGUAUCGUUAUCACCCUCUCUGUCUGCUUUGGAUGGGAAAGAUCUAGUUGUGCCCGGUGAUGUGAUUACAUCAGAUACAGGGUUUAUGAGGGGUCAUGGGACUUACAUGGAUGAAGAAAAACUAACAGCCUCUGUGGCAGGAGAGGUGGAGAGGGUGAAUAAGCUCGUCUGUGUACGGCCGCUCAGGACCAGGUUCAAUGGGGAGGUUGGAGAUGUGGUGGUCGGAAGGAUCACAGAGGUGCAACAGAAGCGCUGGAAGGUGGAGACCAACUCCAGACUGGACUCUGUGUUGUUGCUUUCUUCUGUCAAUCUGCCCGGAGGAGAGCUGAGGAGACGGUCAGCAGAAGAUGAGCUCACCAUGAGAGACUACCUUCAGGAGGGGGACCUCAUCAGUGUAUCCUCUGAUCUGACCCUAACCAGUAACCUGGGCCCUUUUUCCUUCAUCGCAGAGGUACAGUCUGUUUUCUCGGAUGGAGCACUCUCUCUUCACACCCGCAGUUUAAAGUACGGAAAGCUGGGGCAAGGAGUUCUUGUGCAGCUAUCUCCCUCUCUCAUCAAGAGACAGAAAACCCACUUCCACAACCUGCCGUGUGGGGCCUCCAUCAUCCUGGGCAACAAUGGCUUUGUGUGGCUGUACCCCGCCCCAGGACAGCAGGACGAGGAGGCUGGAGGAUACUACACCAGUCUGGAGCCGGUCUCUCUCUCUGAUCGGGAGGUGAUCUCGCGGUUAAGGAACUGCUUGCUGGCCUUGGGGGCACACAAGGUGCUGCUGUAUGACACCAGUGUGCUCUACUGUUACGAGUCAUCACUCCCACACCAGAUCAAGGAUAUCUUAAAACCGGAGGUGAUGGAGGAGAUUGUGAUGGUGACGCGUCAGAAACUGGUGGAACAGGAGGGUUAGAGUAUCAGAUGCAACCUUUCUGUGACCUUGUCACAAUGGAAGGUUGGUGUUCCCUGCAUUCCAAGUCUAGGCACCAAGGCCUUAACUGUGUUAGGGACUGAACCCCCGCCCAAGGUCUGCACUCUCAACCAGAAGAUACCUGGGUCGUUCCAUUAAAAGCGCCUUUUGUGUGUCCCUUUUGAUAUUUUAAGUAAAAAUUGUACACCAAUAUUGAAUUUGAAUUGUUAUAUUAAAUGAAGUGCUCUUUAAUGAAGACCACAUGUAGCAUUCAAUAAAUCAGAUGUUUUUUUAAAUAUGAAUAAAGGCUUGCUAAAGUGUAAACAUGC